UGCAUGCACGCGCCUGGAGGAAGAGGAGAAGAAAUAAUUUCCAAGAGGGCGGUGCUAUUGUAUGAAGUAGGAACAGCGUCAAAGUUAAGAGUGCUUCCAAACAUUAACUCGAACUUUAAGUGGCCUCUGCUGUUAAAUAGAACAGAAGGAAACCGAGCAGGCCAAGUUGAUAUAAUUCACCUUCUAUGCUCCUGAAAAAAAGAGGCUCAGAUGCUUCAGGAUGGACGAGGCUCUUCCCAGCCUGAGCUCAGUUUCAGACUCUCUGGAAGCAGACAGUGAGGAGUUCCAGCUCAGAGUGGACUUCUUCAGGAAGUUGGGUUACACCCCAUCAGAGGUCAUGGCUGCUUUGAGGAAACUGGGCUUAAGCACAGACACUAAUGCGGUGCUAGGAGAGCUCGUUAGGAACAGAACCCGCAGUGUACCUUGCAUUUUCAGCUCUGACAGUGACGAGAGGAGCACACGCCAAAACGACUCCCUGCAGCCUCCCAGUUGGGCUCUUGGGUCCUGCAAAAACACAACGCAGCUGUGGGACCAAAACAAACCGGACGAAGAAUUGAGGCCUGUUGUUAUUGACGGCAGCAAUGUUGCCAUGAGUCAUGGCAACAAGGAAGUAUUCUCAUGCCAAGGGAUUCAGCUGGCGGUGAACUUCUUCCUUGACAGAGGUCAUACUAGCAUUACUGUGUUCGUUCCCAGCUGGCGCAAAGAGCUGCCCAGAGCUGAUGCUCCCCUGACAGAUCAACACAUUCUACUGGAGCUUGAAAAAAGAAAAAUCGUUGUCUUUACUCCAUCACGCCGUGUUGGGGGCAAGCGAGUGGUUUGCUAUGAUGACCGCUUUAUUAUCAAAUUGGCGUAUGAGUCCGAUGGAAUAAUCGUAUCCAACGACACCUACCGAGACCUCCAAGCAGAAAGACCUGAGUGGAAGAAAUGCAUUGAAGAGAGGCUGCUCAUGUACUCCUUUGUGAAUGACAAGUUCAUGCCCCCAGAUGACCCUUUGGGUCGCCACGGCCCCAGCCUUGACAACUUCCUUCGGAAAAAGCCUCGUCCUACGGAGCAAAAGAGACAACUCUGUCCAUACGAAAAAAAGUGUACGUAUGGCAUAAAGUGUAAGUUCUACCAUCCUGAGCGGGUAAACCAACCCUAUCUGUCUUUGGCUGAUGAACUGAGAGAGAAAGCCCAGAUUUCUACUUUAAAAGAAGAGAGAAAUGCCAGAUUGUCACCCAGACAGCUUCAGUCUGAUCCCGCACUUGCUCAAAAUGCCUAUUUUCAUCCUCGAGACUCCAACAAAGAGCUCAAAAGAGAUCAGCAGACUGCCUCACCCCCUUCUCAGGUUAGUGAAAAUAAGCUGCUGUACUGGGAGGAUCCUAGACACAAUCCAAAUCACAUGCCGUGUUCUGUAACAGGAACCCAGUGUCAGAAAGAGUGGCCUGGGUUGCACUUGAUGCCAAAUCAUUACUAUGCCAACAUGUCUCAAGAGUACCUGGAUUCAGGCCUCGGCUCUUUUGAGAGUCAGUACUCUGAUAUUUCGCAUUCCCUCUGCAACUCAAAGAAGCUCAGGCCGCAGUAUCAGAGUGCUCCUCCUGGAGCCACAAAUUCUCUCGUACAAUUAGAGAAAAAUAACAUCAAUCAGCCUUGCAAGUGCUGUUCUCAUGCAGUGCCCUCAACAGUUCACCAGCAAUUUCAUGGAAACAUGGACUCUCAGGCACAACCCCAAUACAGCGCCUAUCACCCAAAUGCCCUCACACCCACUGCUUCUCACCAGCACAGUCUCCCCAGCCAUUUCCAGUACAGUGGAGGCACCCAUGUUCAGCAACAUUACUGGUCAGAUCCCUUUCAGGGGUUACCACAAGCCAGCAGACCAAACAGCCUCCCUUCUUCAAUUCGUUCUUCACACUACCACAAUUCUUGUUGCUCUAGCAACAGUCAUCUGUACUAUUCAAGGGGACAACAACCAUCUUCUGCUGCACUUGACACACAAAGGUUAGAACUCCGCAACAAGCUCAAAACUAUCUUCAACCCACAUCUGGUGGAUACUGUCAUGGAAAUGUUUCCAAAUCUGAUGAAUGCUGAGAAACUAGCUGCAGAGAUACUGAAGCUGAAAGCCCAAAGAGAUCUUUUCUGAUUAUUCUUCUUUCAGACCUGUCAUUACUACUUGCCUUGACCUCAAUAGCAUCCUUAUCACCUUUUCAGAAGGUCGCAUAGUGCCUAUAGCUGAGUCAUUUAAAAACAAAUUCUGUGCAAUGUGCUAUUAUACUGUAAAAAUGAAACAUUUUGUUUUAUUUAUGAAUGAUUUAGUUAAUCUGUUAUAGGUUAUAUAUAUAUUUUAUGACACUGGAGUCAUAUGUCUUUGUCAUCCAUGUUUUGGAUAAAAAGUGCCUCUAGAUGGAAAACGGUUACAUUUAUGCAUAUUUGUUUAUGCAUAUUGCAUCAAAGUUAAUUAGUUUUAAGUUCUCAUGAAAUAACCUGUUGCUACUAUGUGCUACUUUUAAUCUUAGUUCUUCAGAAACAGCCUGCAGACAAGUAUUAUCCUUUCAAGGGACAUUUGCAGUAUACUAAAAAACACUGGCAGUCAGUCCAGAAAAGUAGGCUUCCAAAUAUUAUUAAAAGAAAGUAGCUGAGAUACCACAACAAAAAUGAAACGCUAAUUAUGUAGGUGAGCUAUAAAAACCUUUAUGAACUAUAGAUACAGCCACCAUGACAUAACCCACUGGUUUGGGAAGUCCCUUUUUGAGAGCAUUUUUGCUGUUGCUAUCUUGCUUUUGUUUUUGUUUUUUAAACAAACAUGACAAGUGAGGACAGAGAAAAUGAGGACACCAAACGCUCAUGCAAUGGUAACCUGUCACACAAGUUACACAGAAGGUAUUUUCAGCUGCUUUCUUAUCACCACAGUAGAUAGAUCUGCAUGUUUGACCUUCCUGAUGUAACCAGUACUAGGAGUGCAUUUACCCUGUGAGCUUGGCUUUAUGUCUCCUCUCCAUCUCAGGCCAGAGAGCUUUUACAUGUAAGGGUAACAUGUUAACCUCAGAGCUACAUCCUGCUCAUCUACUUCACUGUAAAGACAACACCACAAAAAGACAGCUAAAUAGAACUCCUGCAUGCUGUCUCUGUCAUUGCUCGUAUGUUUAAUAAAUGUUUGCAUCUAUCCAACCUUCAGCAUUUUGGAAAUUACAUGUUAAAUGUGCAGGCUUAAGGUCACCUCAACAUAAACUGGGCGCUAAAGAGGCAUUGAGUCAUCCACUUUACACCUCUGUCUGAGGUUUCCAAAGUAAAGUUAAUUGUUGAAUUCGUUAUCUGAAUUUUUUCUAUCGUGACUUUUGAGUUUUUGCAUUAGAAAAGGCAACUGAUAAUGUCCUGCUGCAUUUUUAAAUUGUUUUUAUUGGUCGGGAAUUUUGUUUCUCCUUUAUUAACCAGCUCAAACUUUAAACUUUCAAGAGUAUUUCAUCUGAUAUAUCAAUAAUUUUGAAGUGUUCCUACCUGUCAGCAUUUUGUUUCUGUCCUGAUAAGAUCUGGCAUGAGAAAACCUGUAGUUGGUUACGUCACAGAGGGCAUGUUUCUCUGUAGUGUAAAGUCAGUAGUUUGAUUUACGGCAUACGCCUCUCCAAAGAGCGACUCUGUUGCUUUUAGUUCCCCACUUCUGAAAUACCUUUGGUGUCCUUGCUCUGUGAGCUUCAUAAGUAAAUAUAAAAGUCAUGUAGUCCACAAAGAUAAGCUAACAUUGCAUGUUUUUGCCAUACAGUGUAAAUGCUGAUCUUGCUAGGAAAUUGAAACUGAACUUAAGAAAUGGCUUUGACCCAAGCAAAAGGAACUUCCUGAUGUGUCAUCAUCAUUUGUUCCGUAAACCUGAAUCAGCUUCAUGAAUCAUUCUCUGAAUAACUGUCCCGAUUAGUGUGUGUAGGAGAGACUACAGUAUAACGUAUAAAAAUGACAGUUAUGGAAUUUAGUUCUCAUAAAUGAUUUGUAUUCUCUAUUCUUAUAUUGGACCAUUAACUUCAAAUGUUUAGUGUUAGAACUCAUUGUAAGAAUAUUUAGGAAAUGCAUUGUCACUACCUAUUAAAGUCUAUUGUAAUAAUAA